CGCCCCCCCCAGCGGCCGUGGCGGGCGCGGCGCCGGACGGGGCGCGCUGCUGGUCGCCCCCCGGGCGGGCGGGCGGAGGUCGGUCCCGCUGCCGCCUGCUUCGCCCAUGGGCGCGGCGCAGGGCCGGGCCGCGGCGGCGCGGCGGCGGGGAGGGAGUCGCGAGUAGCGGCGCCGGCCGCCCCCCCCCGCGCUGCUCGGCCGGUCCCUCCCGGCGGUGGCGGCGGCUCCGCACCCCGCGGGCAGCGCCGGGCAUGCGGCGGCGGCAGGACCCGCGGCGAGACUCCCCGCAGCGCGGCGGCUGCACGCCCCGGGAGGCCGGGCGGCGCGGCCCCGGCGCGGGGGGGCUCUGACCGGGCGGCCGCCCGCCCGCCGCCCCCUCGGCGGCGCCAUGCGGGGCGGGCGGUGCUGGCUGCUGCUGGCGGCGCUGGGCUGGCUGCUGCCGGCGGGGGCCGCGGCCAGCGGCGAGUACUGCCACGGCUGGCUGGACGGGCAGGGCGGCUGGCGGGACGGCUUCCAGUGCCCCGAGCGCUUCGACGGCGGCGACGCCACCAUUUGCUGCGGCAGCUGCGCCCUCCGGUACUGCUGCUCCAGCGCCGAGGCGCGCCUCGACCAGGGCGCCUGCGACAACGACCGGCGGCAGGGCGGCGGCGAGCCCGGCCGCCCCGGCAAGGACGGCCCCGACGGCGCGGCAGUGCCCAUCUACGUGCCGUUCCUCAUCGUUGGAUCUGUAUUUGUUGCCUUCAUCAUCUUGGGGUCGCUGGUGGCAGCUUGCUGCUGCAGAUGCCUGCGGCCCAAGCAGGAGCCCCAGCAGAGCCGAGCCCCUGGGGGCACCCACCUGAUGGAGACGAUCCCCAUGAUCCCAAGUGCCAGCACCUCCCGCGGUUCCUCCUCCCGCCAGUCGAGCACUGCUGCCAGCUCCAGCUCCAGUGCCAACUCGGGGGCCAGAGCCCCCCCGACCAGGUCCCAGACCAACUGCUGUUUGCCAGAAGGGACCAUGAAUAACGUCUACGUCAACAUGCCGACGAACUUCUCAGUGCUGAACUGCCAGCAGGCUACCCAGAUCGUGCCACACCAGGGGCAGUACCUGCACCCCCAGUACGUGGGCUACGCUGUGCAGCAUGACUCGAUGCCGCUGACCCCUGUGCCCCCCUUCCUGGACGGUUUGCAGAGCGGCUACAGGCAGAUCCAGUCUCCCUACCCGCACACCAACAGCGAACAGAAGAUGUACCCAGCUGUGACUGUGUAGCGCUGACGCCUUCCUCCCCCUCCACACCCGGCAGAUUUUAAUAUCUAAACUGAACGAAGGAGAAGUGCUUCCUCGGAACGAAGCUCCCAGAACAUCACUUGUAAAUAAUUCUGAGAGGCUCAUGCAUGUCAGACAGUGUUUAUAAAUUUAUUUUCAUCGGGGUCCAUUGCCAGAAACUGUAGGAUGGUAUCUCUGAAUUAACGUUGCCAGAUACGCUCUCAUUCCAGUGCGUGAUUUACGGCGGUAAAGGAUUACGCUGAAAAUGCAUAUGUAUUUCAGAUCACUGUACUUGCGAGAUAAAUGCUGGAGCCAUUAAGUGCCCUUCAGGUAUGACAUGGUCAGAAGUAUUUGCCUAAUUAAUUCGUAGAAAGAGUUUUGUUACACUGUAGAAGACAGCAGUACUUAAGAAACCUCUUUUCUCCUCUCCCAGCUCCUUAAUGACGUUUCCCAUUGCUUUACAGACAAUCACAACCGAGAGCUGAACAGUGCAAUCCCUGUGUGCUGGGUGCUGGUACCAGCCCCUGUGGGUCCUUACACACCCCACCCCCACCCCCUCCCCAUUUUGGGGUGAAAUGCCAUGAAAGGCUUAGUCUUGCAAAGACCGAUUUUCCUUGUCCCUGGUAUUUAUGUAGGAAUUGGAAGAGCGUGAAUUAUUCAGCUCUUCCUUCCAGUGCACUUGAAACCCUUCUUGAUUUGGUUUUAUCUCGAGAUCAAGACCCAGUAGUGGUUUGCACAGACUUUAUCUUUGUGAACUUUUUAGCAAAAACAGGGUACCAGGUGCUUGCUCUUCCUGAUGCUCAGCAAAGCUUUUGGUACAGCUAGCGGCAUCUGAGCAGAGACUGUCUUUGUGGAGAAAGGUCGCGCUGUGACUCCAGGCACGCCUGCUUUAACCUCACUUCCCAUGAAACAGUAAACCCGUGUGACUGCACACAAAGCUGUCAGCCCUCAACCCUGCUUGUGGUGGAGUCAGACCGUAGGAGAACGGGCUCUUUCCUCCCCCACCAGCCUGUCCCCAGCCCUGCUCCGACUCUUUGCACUGGAGCUGGUGGCUCUGACUUGCUUUGUUUCAGCUGGGGAGAAAUACCUCUCCCGGCUGAAGAUGAGCAGUGUGCUGGGAAUAACUGGACUGUGCUAAUUGUAAUAUAUCACCCUGGAUGCAACAAACUAUUUAAGGCUGGUUUUGUCUCUUAAAAAGUCGUAGGUCUCUGCAUUUCCAUCCCUUUGCUCUUCAGCCAAAACACUGCAACAGAGGACUGGGGGGGCAUAUACCAAAACUGGGCGAUUAGUGUAACCAGACCAGAGCUGAUAUAAAAGGUUUCUUAUUGUCUGAUACUGUAUCAAUAUGUAGCAAUAACUGUGAUACUACUAUUUUUUGUAUGUCUGUUAUUAAAUUACACAUAGGUGCAGAAGCACUGCCAGAUCCAACGGUUUACUCAUAAACAUGCCACACACAGGCAGUCUGCAGCGGGCUGAAACGGUUUGACGACUGACGUAGGAAAAUGAAUAGGCGGUCUAUCCCAGAUCUGCUGUUCCUGGCCGUGAUCGCCCAUCCAGCAUGUAGGACCUGGACAGAAAGGUUGGCUUACGAGCCCUGGCUUCCCCUCCAGCCAGGCUGGGCGGCUUUGGCAAGGCAGCGCCCGGCUGCUGGAGGUGCUGGGUGCCUGCUCUGCCCACACCACCUGGGGGAACUUUAAAGGCAGUACGUGCACCAGAGCUGGGUGCUGCCAGGCUUUUGAAGGACCCAGCGUGCACUCGGGUCUCGUGGGGAUGUAGGGUUUUACCUGCCCACGUUACAGCUUGGUCCCACGCUGACCUUGGAAAGCUGAGCUGGUGGCAGGCGCAGGGGCUGGCAUGCCUGCCUUCAGCUGCUGCUGGCUCCGGCAGGAGCUGGAGGUGCUCGACCCCAGGUGAGACCCAGUCUGUAACUGGUGGCCAGACGGCAAGCUUGUCCACACCUGUGUGAUCUUUUCUAACUGUGAACCAAGCCAGCUAUUGCCCCCGCACCAGCAUGCACUGCCUGCCUUGCACCUGCCCUGGCAAGGACACCUCCUCUGACCUAUGAAAUUCAGGUGAAUCUCUUUGUAUAUUGUUUACUUGUUUAAAAAUAAAAGAAUAAGUUAAAUUUAAGUCUGUAGAAAUUAAUUUACAACUGAAGGCAGAGAAAUCUGAGUUGUAAUAAAAGGAAGUUCGCGAGAUGUCGUGGGGUUCUUUUUAAAUGUCAUGUACAAUAAUGUAAAACUAAUGUUACCAUUUGAUAGAGCUUUUAAAUCUCUGAAAGGGCACUUGCUUUAAAGUGUUUCUUACAAACGAAGAAAAAAGGCCCCUUUGUUUCUUAAUAAAUGCUUUAUGGUGUGACUUUG